AUGGAUGUCGGUUCGUCCAGCGAUGAAGAGGAUGAGGAGAAGUCCGGUCGUCCUUACAACGAGCUGCUACAACUGUUGAACACAUCUACCGACUCCAAGGGCCCAGCCCGCAAGAGGAGAAAGGUCGAACAUAAGAAUACAGAAACCGUCGAGGUUGUUCGCGAGGACCCUGUUGCGGAAGAGGACGAAGAGGCUCUCGGGGAGGACGAUCUAGAGCAGCAAGAGCCUUCGGAUGAAGAGGACAAUGCGAAUCAAGAAGAUGCUGGUGCACAAGAUAGUGAUGAUGAAGACGACAACGAUCCUUUCGACACGCACUUCACGAACCCUACGGAAGACGAGCUGGCCAAGAAGAUCAAGGCUAUUGGGGAGAACAAGUGGAAGAAUGCAAAGAAGGAAUUGCCAGAAGGCUUGAGGCUUGUGCGCACUAUUCCAGAUACUGGAGACGAUGCGUCCUGGCUACCUCCAAUGAAGCAGAUCUCAAGCGUGAAGCUUAAGAGAAAGCUUAAAGAGCCAGCCUCCGAUAAAUUCCCCCAAAUCGGUGGACAGGCCCAGCACAUUGCUCCGUACAUCUUCGGCUACCAGGACGUUUUGUAUGGAGCCCGGACGCCAUCCAACUCGGCCCAGAUGCGCGAUCUUCUGGCCCUCCACGCCACCAACCACGUGCUCAAGACCCGCGAUCGAGUGCUCAAGAACAACACACGCUUGGCCAAAGAGCAAGACGCCGACAUUGAUGUCCGAGACCAGGGCUUCACUCGGCCGAAGGUACUUUAUCUCUUGCCUACCAAACAGGCCUGUGUGCGGGCUGUCGAGUCCAUCACCCGCUUCUUCCAACCCGAGCAACAAGAAAACAAGAAACGUCUCCUCGACACCUUUUCGGCGGCUGAUGACCCAUCAUGGGAGAGCAAGCCGGACGACUUCCGCGAGCUCUUCGGUGGCAAUGACGACGACAUGUUCCGUCUGGGUCUCAAGUUCACCCGCAAGACUGUCAAGUAUUUUGCGCAGUUCUACACCUCCGAUAUGAUCCUAGCCAGUCCACUGGGUUUACGCACCAUCAUGGACCAGGCAGAUGUAAAGAAACGCGAUCAUGACUUCCUUUCGUCUAUCGAAGUAGUAAUCGUCGAUCAUGCGGAUGCAUUGCUCAUGCAAAACUGGGAUCACAUCGACUACAUCAUGAAGCACCUCAACCUGCAGCCCCGAGAGGCGCACGGAUGUGACUUCAGUCGUGUACGGACAUGGUACCUGGACAACAACGCGCGGUAUGUGCGGCAGAUGAUCAUGCUCACCUCAUUCGUCACUCCGGAGAUGAACUCGGUGUUCUCGACGCACAUGCACAACACCUCGGGCAGGGUCAAGGCCACGCCGAUCCACGCGGGCGCGAUCACCGAGCUCCCCCUCCCGGUGUCGGUCAGGCAGACAUUUACCCGCUUCGACUGUCUCUCGCCGGCGAAAGACCCCGAUGCGCGAUUCAAGCACUUCACCACGACCAUCCUCUCGUCGCUGGUGCGCGACAUUGCCUCCGGUCGCGGCAAGGCCAGCGCUGGCGGAACCCUGAUCUUCAUCCCGUCGUACCUGGACUUUGUGCGCGUGCGUAAUCACUUCGCCACGUCGCAGCAGACCACCAACGUCUCUUUUGGAGCCAUCUCCGAAUACACCGAGCAGCGGGAGGCGGCGCGGGCUCGCUCGUAUUUCAUGAAUGGGCGCCAGUCGGUGCUGCUGUACACGGAACGUCUGCACCACUUCCGUCGGUACCAGCUCCGCGGGGUCAAGCGGAUCAUCAUGUACGGCGUGCCUGAGAACCCGGCGUUCUAUAGCGAGAUUGUCGGGUUCCUAGGAUUGGAUCCAGCGGCGUUGGUCGAGGCGGCCGAGGGAGGUGUGCGGGCGUUGUUCUCCAAGUGGGAUGCGCUGAAGCUGGAACGAAUUGUGGGCACGCAGCGAGUGGGCAAUAUGAUGCGCGAGAAGGGAGGAGAUACUUUUACGUUUAUGUAG